CCAAAAGCUUCUUCUUUAGUAAUUAGUUGAACAGCAUCAGCUGUCAGCCCUAGCUCAACUCGCUUGAGCCCCACCACAAGGCACACUUUUGCACAAUUCAAUGGCUUUGAUCGAGGAGAGAAAUAAAGAGCGCAAUAGUCAGUGCUUCUCUCCUGUUUCAGUUGCUUCUCCUCUUCUUGCUCUUCCUCUUGAUCUUCCAUCUCCUAGCUCCAUGGCUGACCGAGAGAGCGCAGCACAGCCGACGACGACGACGCUAAACUUCAUGAAGGCGGGCACUGUCGACGCUUUCUCUGAGCUUCCAUUUCUCCGCGCGGCGGCGGCGGCGGCGGUCCCGGGGCAUGACGGUUCGUCGAGCACGGGGGGAUCCGGAGUGAGGCUGUUCGGGAUAGACUUCCCGGCUGGCGACGAGGCGUCGUCUCAGGAGGACAGCGCGGAACAGCCCGCGCCGCCCUCAUCUGCCGGCGGAGGGGCGGAGAGCGCGCGCAGGUUCGAGUGCCACUACUGCUGCCGCAAGUUCCCGACGUCGCAGGCGCUCGGCGGCCACCAGAACGCGCACAAGCGCGAGCGACAGCACGCGAAGCGCGCGCACCUCCAGUCCGCCGCCAUGGCCGCCGCCGCCGCGCACCAUUUCCGCCAACACACCGCCGCCGCGGCAGCCUUCUUCCCUAGCGGCUACGGAUCCCAGCUGGCGUACCUCGACUUCCCGGCCGGCCGCGGCAACCCCUGCGCCGCCCGAUUCCACCACCCCCUUUCGCCGCCACCUCCGCCGCCGCCCACCACGCACUACCCGUCUCCUCCGUGGACAGAUAGCGCUCGCCUCCUCUACGGCACGGCGACGACGACGGCGCCACUUCCGGGGCUUUGGAGAGUCCCGUUACAUGACCACCCCCAGCCGCCCCUGCAGCCUCUCUUCGCGCCCGCUGAAGGAGGCACCAUCGCCGGCGCAGGCCGUGGCGGCGGCGGCGGCCGUAUCGGCUCUUCUUCCUCCUCGUCUUCUUCCUUAGCUUCGCCGAGCGACUUCGAUUUGAGUAAUUCCAAGAACAGCUUGAGUUUGGAUUUGCAUUUGUAAGUUCUUUCAUUAAUCAAUCAACAUGAGA